AUGUCUGCCAUUGGGUCUUUGAUUUUCUGUACCGAUUGCGGAAACCUUCUGCAGGAAUCCACCGGCGAUACAAAUGCGGUUCUCCUCUGUGAAAUUUGCGGAGCUCGAAACAAAGACACGACAUCUAAGACCAUUGUCUCGGAGUCUAAACCCAGUGAUUUCCCCUCAGCUCUGAGGGCCAAGCGAUCAGCUGUCCAAACUUUGACCGCGGAAGACAAGAAGACGGAAGCCCUCACUCAACACACAUGCGCGAGAUGUGGAAGGAAAGAGAUGUAUUUCACAACGGUACAGCUGCGCAGUGCAGACGAGGGAAGUACCGUGUUCCUUACUUGCGUUUGUGGUUACAAGGAAACCCAAAAUAAUUAG